AUGCCGCUGUUUGGUCGUCGACGCGACUCGCCCCAGCGACGGGGGAGCACCGGAAGUCUGGCUGGUGCAAGCCCCGAGGAGAUUCGCUCCAAGUUAGCCACCAUAUCUUUCAGCGCCAAUACCCCGCCCAUGCCCGUUUCCCCGCCCAACACCAGCGAGCGCAAUGGAGCCGGGCGCUUGGAAGUUCGCCGUAGCUCUCUACCCACAAGCUCUGGCUUGCAUGUUCAGUCCUCCCAGUCCUCGGCGUCGGGUACCACCCCCCCACCUGCUCACACGGCCUCGAGUGCAACCCCACCGCCCGGAUCGCCGUUGGUGCAACAUGCUGCCAUUGGCGGUCACGCCGGCCGGUCGCGCGUGCGGCGUGGUAGUCUUGAGACGGGGGCCGGUGUCCCCUUUGAUCAUCAUCCUAGCUUUGUCCCGCAACAUGGCUCGCCCCAGAAUGGCUCACCCCAGCACGGCUCGCCGCAGCACGGCUCACCCUUACCAGGGUCACCCAUCCGGGGAUCGCCUCUGCCAGGAUCGCCCAUCCGUCCACCCUUGGGCUCCUCGGUUGGUCUCAUGCGUGCCAAUUCAUCACCCAUCAUCACAACCCCGACAAAUCAGGCGCCGACUUCGCGUGGACGCUCCCUAUCCCUCUUUGAGCGUACCAUGGCCGGUAGUCGCCAGCGCAGCGCCUCUCUGACGCGCGAAGAGGCGAGCGCACCAACAUCUCCCCUGUACAGUCACAGCGCUAGUCCCAUUGUGCCUCGCCAUCGCUCCUUGUCAGCCUCACCCACUCAAAAGCGUCGUGCCACCGCCAUCUUUCUGCAAGUCGAGUCGGCCGACUUUCGCACCAAAAGCCUCGUCCUCCACGUGCCUGGCCCUUCAAUUCCGCUUGGCGUUGCUCUAGCGGGGGCUGCCCCCGUCUGCGUGAAAAGCAUCACCCCCUCCUCCCCGGCCGAGCGUGCUGGGCUCACCGUAUUUGACCGCAUUCUGGCAGUCAAUGGCACAGGCGUGGCCAGUGCUUCCCUCAACACUGUGACUGAUCUUCUCCGGGUUGCCGUCUUCCAAGCCCUCGGUGAUCGCAUCAGCCCCCCUUCCACUCCCCCACCCCUGGCAGCACACGCCAGCCCGCGUCGUGCAGCCAGCCGACGCCACAUAUCCAUGUCCCUGGAUGAUCUGUCCCAAAUGCCCUCACCCCGAUCCAUUCUGCUUGGACCGGGAAGUACUGGAAGGCGCACUCCUGUCAAAAAGCGUGUGACGCCUUUCGCCGAUAACUUGCCCGUGCUAUCGCUUUCCAGCAGCCCCCCAGACGAUCCGCUCCCCAUGCCUGGUCACGAGUCACCCUUGAUGCCGUUACUGGACGCACAAGAUGCUGAGCGGGCCCUCAUGCUGCUGACUCCGGACGAAGAAGCGCUAUUCGACCGAGUCACCGCACCAGACUCAAGCCUGGAUGACGCAUCACCUAUGCCAAGUUCGCCUCUUGGACGAGGUCUGCGCGAUGUUUGGCGACCCGACCUCAUAUCAUCACCGCCACUUACACCUGCGCCUACCCCCGAGUGUUCAAAUGCUACGUUGGCGCCGCCCCACUCUGCUACGCCUACUGAGGCCUCGCAGGAGGUGUUUGGGGGCUUUAGCGAUCUCAGUGACACGGGAAGCAGUGAUGAUAGUGACGUGGAAAGCGAUGAUAGUAACGUGGAAAGCGAUGGUCAUCCUGAUCCAGUGACUGGGCAUCUGGGCUUACGACGCCCGAUUGUAUCACCCAGCCUGUUGCUCGAACAUCCACCUGCCGACGAGCCCCCCGAGCCACCCGGAGACGUUGACACGCUGGAAGCUGAUGACGCGUUUUCAUCGACUGCCUUUCAAGAGUCUGCUGCAACCUCGGCACCCGAAGAAGGUGCUCGCCGCUUAUUUGGCUUUCAAGGGUACGAAGUGGACGAGGCGGCGUUGGCAAGUUUUGCUGCUCUGGGCGAUGAGUCGACGGUUGACGACAUAUCUGGCUUUGAUGAGGCAAGUCCAGAUAUCCUGCCCACUCGAACCAAAGCUGUGCCUGGGACCGCGGCUGCUGCAGGUCGUCACGUCUUGACUCUAGAACGACGUUCUUCCGACGUGGAUGUGGAUGUGGAUGACGACCUGGCGACAUACGGCUGGGAGUAG